CUUGAGCCGCCGCGCUUCCCGUCGUCCCGGCCGGCCUCGCCGCAAUGCUUCCUGGGAAUGUUAGUCUCCCAGUGUGGGUGCUUUAGCAGCAGCUGCGGCUGGCGCCGAACCGCAGGACUACAGGAGGUGGGGCGUAGGCUGCGAGGCUGUUCCGCCUCGCUUUUUCCUCCCCGCCUGCGCGCCCGCCCCAGCUAUCAUGGCGGCUCCCUUGGCCCUGGUGCUGGUGGUAGCUGUGACCGUGCGGGCGGCCUUGUUCCGGUCCAGCCUCGCCGAGUUCAUUUCUGAGCGGGUGGAGGUGGUGUCCCCACUUAGCUCUUGGAAGAGAGUGGUUGAAGGCCUCUCACUGUUGGACUUGGGAGUGUCUCCAUAUUCUGGAGCAGUAUUCCAUGAAACUCCAUUAAUAAUAUACCUCUUUCAUUUCCUGAUUGACUAUGCUGAAUUGGUAUUUAUGAUAACUGAUGCACUUACUGCUAUUGCCCUGUAUUUUGCAAUCCAGGACUUCAAUAAAGUUGUGUUUAAAAAGCAGAAACUCCUCUUAGAACUGGAUCAGUAUGCCCCAGAUGUGGCUGAACUCAUCCGAACCCCUAUGGAAAUGCGUUACAUCCCUCUAAAAGUGGCCCUGUUCUAUCUCUUAAAUCCCUACACGAUCUUGUCUUGUGUUGCCAAGUCUACCUGUGCAAUCAACAACACCCUCAUUGCUUUCUUCAUUUUGACCACGAUAAAAGGCAGUGCCUUCCUCAGUGCUAUUUUUCUUGCCUUAGCAACAUACCAGUCUCUGUACCCACUCACCUUGUUUGUCCCAGGACUCCUCUAUCUCCUCCAGCGGCAGUACAUACCAGUGAAAGUCAAGAGCAGAGCCUUCUGGAUCUUCUCUUGGGAGUAUGCCGUGAUGUAUGUGGGGAGCCUAGUGGUCAUCAUCUGCCUGUCGUUCUUCCUUCUCAGCUCCUGGGACUUCAUCCCUGCAGUCUAUGGCUUCAUACUUUCUGUUCCAGAUCUCACUCCAAACAUUGGUCUUUUCUGGUACUUCUUUGCAGAGAUGUUUGAGCACUUCAGCCUCUUUUUUGUAUGCGUGUUUCAGAUCAACGUCUUCUUCUACACCAUCCCCUUAGCCAUAAAGCUAAAGGAGCACCCCAUCUUCUUCAUGUUCAUCCAGAUUGCUGUCAUCUCCAUCUUCAAGUCCUACCCAACAGUGGGGGAUGUGGCACUCUACAUGGCUUUCUUCCCCGUAUGGAACCAUCUCUACAGAUUCCUGCGAAACAUCUUUGUCCUCACCUGUAUCAUUAUCGUCUGCUCUCUGCUCUUCCCCGUCCUGUGGCACCUCUGGAUUUAUGCAGGAAGUGCCAACUCUAAUUUCUAUUAUGCCAUCACACUCACCUUCAACGUUGGGCAGAUCCUGCUCAUCUCUGAUUACUUCUACGCCUUCCUGCGGCGAGAGUACUACCUCACACACGGUCUCUAUUUGACCACCAAGGACGGCACGGAAGCCAUGCUUGUGCUCAAGUAGGCCUGGCUAGGCACAAGGCUGCACAGACUUCGAAGGGAUAGAAAGGCUGGGAGCUGGGCUAUGCCUUCCGGCCACGAUUGUCAGCAGGCUAGUCCCUGGGCAGAUGGUGUUCAAGUCCAGGAUCACAAAUUCCUGGCACCAGAGGGGUGCCAUGGCUGGCAGCAAGGCCCGUGGAGAAGAGCCAGGUGCACCCCCACUUUGUGAUUCUGCACACCAAGGAGCCACCCCCAGGUGGAAAGGGGGAAGAACCAAGUGGGCAGGGCUUGUUGGGUUAUGGCCACUUAAUAAAUGUUUUUUGUUAUAAACCAGUCUA